AUGGCUCCCAGCUUCGACACCCUCUCCGAGGACGAGGUCGACAUCGAUGACAUCAACUUUGAUGAUCUCAACGAACAGUUUGAAGUCCGCCUAGAGUCCGGAUACGACGCUUUUGUGGUUAUUGAUGGCCUGCCUGUUGUCCCUGAGGACAACAAGGACAAACUCGUCAAAUAUGUGUCGAAAAAACUCUCCACAGCCGGCCGGGUGAUCGACUUUUUCAUGCCCAUGACCGAGGAUCAAAAAUCCGAAGGAUUCGCGUUCGUGGAAUUCGAGACCCCAGAACAAGCCACAGCCGCUGUUAAAUCGCUGCAUGCCACCGCUCUCGAUAGGAAACACACCCUAUUAGUCAACAAACUCACAGAUAUCGAACGGUACGGUCGCGAGGGCCGCGUCGACGAAGAGUACAAAGCACCCGAGAUUCCACCAUUCCAAGAAAAAGAGCACCUGCGAUCAUGGCUUGGGGACCCGAAUGCCCGGGAUCAGUUUGCCCUUUUCCGCGGCGACAAGGUCGGAGUGUUCUGGAACAUGAAGAAAGACGACCCAGAAAAUGUCGUGGACCGCCCGCACUGGACACAACUCUUUGUGCAAUGGUCGCCACAGGGAACAUUCCUCGCUUCGAUGCAUCCCCAGGGUGUGCAGCUGUGGGGUGGUUCUUCCUUCUCCAAGCAGAAGCAAUUGCCUCAUCCCUUUGUUCAACUCGUCGAAUUCUCGCCCAAUGAGAAAUAUAUCACAACAUGGUCGGCUCGCCCUAUUCAGGUUGAGGAAGGCGCACCAGGACCUCUCACAUACGAGGAAGAUGGCAGGCACAUCAUCAUCUGGGACAUUGAGACGGGGAAGCCUCUUCGAUCCUUUGCCGCCCACGAUCUUGCCGGACCCGACGUAGAUGCCGCGCCCAAGAAGAAGGUCCAGUGGCCUGCGUUCAAGUGGUCAGCUGAUGAAAACUAUGUCGCGCGCAUGCUUCCUGGACAGUCGAUUUCCAUUUACGAACUGCCACGUAUGAAUCUGCUAGACAAGACAUCUGUCAAGAUCGACGGUGUUGUAGACUUUGAAUGGGCCCCUGCCACCGUCACUCGAGAGGGUAUCAAACACUACGAGCAGCUGCUGUCUUUCUGGACCCCUGAAAUCGGAAGCAACCCGGCAAAGGUCGGUUUAAUGACUGUGCCAACGAAGGAGAUUGUCCGCACGCGAAAUCUGUUUUUGGUUUCAGACGUCAAGCUUCACUGGCAAUCCCAAGCAGCCUUCCUCUGCGUCAAGGUCGACCGUCACAGCAAGAGCAAGAAGAGCAUGGCAACCAACUUGGAAAUUUUCCGUAUCAAGGAGAAGGGUGUCCCCGUUGAAGUUGUCGACAGCUUGAAGGAUACGGUGAUCAACUUUGCAUGGGAGCCCAAGGGUGAUCGAUUUGUCUUGAUUACCUCUGGAGAGUCGAUUGUUGGAGCAGCCACUGCCCCCAAAACGGCAGUCUCUUUCUUUGCACCAGAAAAGGUCAAGGGCGCCGGCAUCGGGAACUUCAAGCUUGUCCGAACGAUCGAGCGCAAGACUAGCAACGGAAUUUACUGGUCACCCAAGGGACGAUUUGUCGUUGUUGCCACUGUGCACUCACAAUCAAGCUUCGACCUGGACUUUUACGACGUGGACUUUGAAGGCGAGAAGCCCGAGGCCGAGAAGGACCUCCACGCCAACGUGAUGUACCUCAAGACCGUAGAACACUACGGCGUGACGGACAUUGACUGGGACCCGACUGGCCGGUACGUAGUCAGCAGCGCCAGCGUGUGGACUCACUCGAUGGAAAACGGCUGGAACAUCCACACAUUCUCCGGCGAGACGCUUUCCGAAAACCCAACCGAAAAAUUCAAGCAAUUCUUGUGGCGACCGCGGCCCCCAUCGCUGCUGAGCAAGGAAGAGCAGAAGCAAGUACGCAAGAACCUGCGCGAAUACUCCAAGGAAUUCGACGAGGAAGACAAGUACGCCGUCGACAUUGCCAACACGGCCGUCGUCGAGAAGCGCAAGCGCGUCCUGAACGAAUGGCUCGCCUGGGCCCGCCGGGAGAAGGAUCUCCUCUCCGAAGAAAAAGCCGCAGAAGGUCUCCCCGAGGAAGAGCAAGCUGCAGAUGUUCUCAAAACAGCACCCAGCGCCGGAGCCGAUGAAGACGCCGUUGUCGAGGAGAUUGUGGAAGAAAUUAUUGAAGAGACGGAAGAAAUAAUUGGAUAA